AUGGACUGCUCCUUUCCCUUCAGCUCUGCCACGCAGCGCUCGCUGCAGCGGGACAAGGAGCAGCUGGAUCAGCAGAGGUGCUCUCGGCCCCAGUCCCACCACACUGAGCGCAGUGUGGCUGCCCAGCAGUCCCGGGUCGGCCGCAUGGAGCCCCUGCAGUGCCAGGAUGUGCUGGUGCAGAACGCGCUCUUCACCGGGGACCUGGAGAUGGUUCAGAAGUUCUUCACCCGGAGCACAGCCAUCAACCUCAUCAUUGAGACCAGGAGUGAGGAGCUGCGCUGGACCAGCAAGAAAUUUGGACUGUGGUCUCUGAGCUACGAGCAAGAGCUCACCACACCACUACACAUCACAGCCAGCCGGGGCUACACAGACUGCCUGCAGCUCCUGCUGCUCAGGGGUGCUGCCGUCAACUUUGCACCGGGGGGUAAGACUGCCCUGCACGAGGCUUGUGUGGCAGCCAGCGCUGACUGCGUGCGCCUGCUGCUCAGCUUUGGUGCUGACCCUGAGGCUGUCUCUGAGGAUGGCUACAAGCCUCUGCAUCUCUGCAAGAGUCCAGACUCCAUCAAGUGCGUUCAGCAGCUGCUGAAGCACGGUGCCCAUGUAAACAGCCGGACAGAGGAGGAGGAGGACACAGCGCUGCACGUGGCAGCACGGCACGGCCUCGCCGAUCACGUCCAGCUGCUGCUGCAACACGGAGCGGAGCUGGAGGCGAGGAACGAGGAGGGGCAGACGCCGCUGAAUGCCGCCUGCGCGCAGCCCCACUCGCCCCAGGACACGGAGCGCUACUACAAGGUUUGCCAGCUGCUGGUGGAGAGCGGUGCCAGCGUCAACGCUGCUGACAGGGACCAUCAGCACCCACUGCACUUGGCCUGCAAGAACGCCAGCGCUCAGAUAGCAGAGCUACUGCUGGCCCGGGGUGCAAACGUCAACAUCAUGAACUACAGCGGCAACACAGCCCUGCACAACAUCCUGCAGACAGCUGCCUACAAGCUGGAGCACCAUCCCGAGCUUGUGGUGCGGACCCUGCUCAACUACGGGGCCAUCCGCAUCUGGCCUGGCUCCCUCCUCAAGGUGCUGCGGUACUGCAAUGCCUGCCCGCGUGCCAUUGAGGCCCUGAUGAACUGCUACGACCACGUGCGUGUGUCUGAGGAGUGGGUGUCAGCGGUGCCAGCAGAAGUUGUGCAGAAGUAUCCCCGUUUCUACCAGUCGCUGUUCUCCCUGCAGCAGAGGCCCCGCUCCCUGCAGCACCUGGCCCGCUGUGCGCUCAGGGCCUUCCUGGAGGGCCGGCUGCUCCCGGUGCUCUCCCAGCUGCACCUGCCCAGCGCCCUGCACCGCUUCCUGCUGCUCAGCUUCGAGGACAUUCUCUACUGAGUGCGUGGCCCUACAUCCCACUGUCUUUCUGUGCACUUUACAUCCUUCCUGCUGAUCCCUUCCCUCUUGCUGCACUAUGCCAGUGCCUCUGCUGUGCUGUCCCUGCCAUCCCUGUGUGCUGCCUCCCGUUCCUACGGAGCGCUCCAUGCACCCACACUAACCAGGACGAGCUCCAGACUCACCAAGAAAAGCAAGAGAUGAGGAUCAGGGCAUUCUGUGGAUCGGGGAAACAUGCUGGACUGAUCUCAGCUUUGUUGUAGACCAUCCACCUUCCUAUCCCAAACCUACAAAUUCUAACCAGACCCAGGCUGCUCUGCUGUCACGGACAUCUGUUGGAUCUUAUAUUUGUCAUGUUUACAGUCUGUACACAAGGCUUUUUGGAAUACUCACUAAUAAAUGCCAGCCUACAACUUCUGCCCUGGCUUGCAGACUGCAUGUCCCAGCUCAUGUGCACAGCAGCUCGUGUACUCAGACCUGUGUGUCCAUCUGCUCCUCUGAGGACCCAGGGACGAAAGGUGCUUGGCGUGGAGCUGAGGCCUCCUGAAUGCACUCUUCCCAUGCAGGUGCAGUGUCUGGAUUUGCCUGGCCUUGCAGCUUACGGCAGUGCUUGUGCCAGCUCCAGGGCUGUGGGCCGAGGAGGAAGCGUGCCUUAGGCACAGAGCAGCCUGGUCCUGUGCCCCCAGCCACUGACAGCUCAGUGCAGGGCCACGCACAGCUCAUGCUGCGCUGUGAGAAAGGUAGAGGUAGCAUCUGCUGUGAUUUUAAGUCAGUGCUGUCAAGGCUAAGCAGCUCUCAGCUAUUUGCUGGAAGUUAAUUCGAUCCUGUCACUGCCUCAGGGACUGCCUGGGCUGCUGCUGUCUGGCAGAGUAUGUGCUAGGACAGCACUGUGAUCGCUCCUCUUUGUGCAAUGAUCUUCUGAAGCCUCUGAAUAUCCAGACUGGCUCCAGGGCGCAGGGACAUGCAGAGCUGAAGGCUGAGCAGUGGGACAGAGCCAGGGCUUCUGCCUCUGCCUGGAGCAUAGCUCUGCUCCCCAUUGCCACUGCCUUGCACAGCCAGUCCAUGCUGCUCUGCAGUAGUGAGCUUGACACAACGGUGAGUUGUGGUGUGCUAUUCCUUGUGUAUUUGCACCAGGGAUGCAUCACGCAGGUUGCUAACGGGAUACAAUAUGGAUGUGUGCUCUUAGGCUCACAGUGUGUGCCAGGAAGCUGGCUGCAGCAGUCUGCAUGCCCAGGUAAUAUGGUCACAGCGUAAAGAUGAUGUAACCCAAAAAGGAUUGAGAGCUUGCUUUAUGGCAUCAGUGGGCAGGGAGAGGAGGUGAUUUCCAACAUCUGCCUACAAAACAGCAGGAGGAGAGAAAGGGAGAGCUUUUGAAUACAUGGGAUAACAGUCCCUGCUUGUAGUAUGCUUCAGGAGUGCAUCUGCCUUGAACCAGAGCUGGAACCCAGCGUGAAGUCACCACCUCCCUGCUGGCCAAGCUCACAUGACUGCUCAGGGUGAUUUGUUUAUGGGAACAAGUCCCAUAGCCUAAUUCUUGCAAUUUGAACCACUUUUUAUAGUGGUUUAUAGUUUGCUUUUUGGUAUGAUGUAUAUCUGGUUGGAGGAAGGA